AUGAACACCUAUAAUAAUGUACCUGCUGUCAAUUAAUAGUAGAUCCUGGAGGAAGAUUACAAGAGGCGAUUACAAUAGAGACAAUAAUAUUUAUCUAUGUAAUAACUGAUAUAUGACUAGAACAUGAUGCUCAAUCAACUAAUGUAUUAACAACAAUAUUAAUAAUAAAUGCAACAAUAUUAAUAAAAUUUGUAAUAUCAGCAAUAAUAUUAAAAGCCGAAUUAAAAGCCAAUAAAUGUUUAAAUAAAAUCAAUUACUUUAAAACCAUUAGAAUAUUAUUCUUAGCAGAUGAGCAGUAUUCACUAUCCUCCUUAUGCUUAACCAUACCCUUAAAGAUAAGCUGUUGAAAUUCCACCGAAAGAUGAAAGGAUCUAUGGUUUAAAAAAUGAAGUUUCGAAAAGAACUAUUGAAGUGCAAACGGAUGACAAAAUAACUGAAUAUGAGAAAUUCUUAAGAAUGGGAUUGGGUAAUACUAUCAAUAAGCAAUUUGAUGAUAAUUGGGGACCAGAGAAAGAUGAGCAAGCACUGUUAAAAGCACAGAUGGAUUAGAAGUAUUAGGGCAACUUUGAAAUGAAUUUGAAAAAUGAGAGAGAAUUGAAAGAGAGAGAGAGAGAGUUGGAAUAGGCAAAGUUAUACUAAAGAAAAAGGUUUAAGCCUCCUGGAAUGACGAAAGAACAAUGGGCAAAGAUAAAUUUUAAGAUUUUUAGAGAUCAAUUUAUUUAUCUUGCAUUGUACUUUCAUAGAUUCAGAAAAAAUCUAGAUAGCAGGAAACAAUAGGCUUUGAAUUAGAAAGGUGAAUAGGCUAUUAAAUGCUUAUAAAACUUUUUAGAAAUGUUUUAAAAGAAUUCAGCAAAAGUUAUUGUUUAGUUUUCAAGUAAUAAGGAUAACUUAAAUAUUACUGAUAAGAGAAAAAUAUUAGAAGCAGAAAUGAAAUAGAGAAGAUAGAAUAUUAAAAAUCAAACAAAAAAAUUGUUCCAAACUUUGAUUUCAAAUUUUAAUGCAAAAGACAUUAAACCAGAAACAAUUGAAUUCUUAGGAUCUAUAUUUCAUAACUUUGAAUUUCCUAUUUAAAACUUUUUGUUUCUUUUUGAAAUAAAUAGACUUAAUUUUACUCAUUUUGGUUAGUUGGAUGGUAUGACUGAUAUAAAAGCAUAAUGCUUAUUAAUAACAUUAAUUUUAAUAAGAGUGUUUCUACUUAGAGUUAUAUUAAAGCCUUGGGCUGAAUUUCCAGAUAGAGUUAAAAAGAAAGAGUUAUUUGAAUAAAAUUGUUAUAUCGUAGGAAGUUUAAUGUACGAGAUCAUAAUGGAUUUUCUAAAAUCCAAAUGGCUAAAAAAGUUGGGUAAUUAAUCUCAUUUACCCUCUAAAUAUAAAACCUAUCCUCGGCCUUUAGGACCAUUGUUAUCUGAUAAUUACUAAUUGCCUGAAGAUGUAGCAGAAGUGAGAUAAAUUAGAUAAUUGGAAGAGCCAUUAAUUAUGGGUCUAACAAGUAGGGAAGACUUAAAGAGCAUAUUAGAGGAUGAUAAACCAUUUUGCAUCGAACAAUAAAAUGUAAUAUAAUAAUGGGCUGAAAACAUCUAUAAGAUAGUUCACUAAACUUAUUUGCUAAAACAGAAACAAAGGAGAAAGGAGAGAUAUGAAAAUAAAGUGAAAUUUAUUGAAAUUGCCUUCUUUACUAAAGAGGAGGAGAAAUAAAAACAUUUAGAACUUGCAUAAUAAAUUUAUGAAAAAUAUGAAUCCACCUUACCUCAGCCAGAACAAGAUCAAACAUGA